AUGAAGUUUGCAUUUGCCAUCAUCGCAGCUAUUGCUGGCCUUGCCAUUGCCAACCCUGUAGCUGAACCAGUCAACAACGAUCUGGCUGAUAAUCUUCUCGAGAAGAGAUGCAAGGGCGGUGAUGACCACUGCUCCAGGGACGAUGAAUGCUGCAGCCAUAAAUGCACUCACCGAUAUGCUAGCGUUUACCGAUGCGACUACUAA